GCCAAGCCAAGGCCCCGGAUGAGGGCAAGAUGGCGGCGCUGGCCGGUCUGAGGGCGCUGAAGAGGCUUUGCCGCGUCGCCCUCUUCCUCUCGCAGCUCUACGUCCUCUCCGGGCGAGGAUCACUGAGCUCUAAUCCACCAGCUCUACUGUCAAAGGUUACAAUAGUACCUACAAGCACACACAUUCCAUCAUCUAAUGUACCAGAGACAACAUCGGUUCCAUCUUACGUGACCCAAUGCCCUAGCAAUGGACUAUGCAGCCGGCUGCCUCCAUUGUGUAUGUCUUGUAAAACAAACUACUCCUGCAUCUAUGGAAAACCAGUUGCUUUUGAAUGUGAAGCCAAUUCCCAGGUUCACUGUGUUGACCCGAAAAGCAAUCGCCAGAAAAGCUUCAUGAUCAACAUGACUUGCCAGUUUUGCUGGCAGCUUCCUCCAUCAGAUUAUAUUUGUUCUGAUCCUCCGAACUGCAAGACGGUCUCUUGCCCACGGGAACGCUAUAGUGCCAAUUGCACGGUGCGGGAACAUGUCCGUUGUCUAGGCAUUCGUACCUUUCCCAAGAUGCUUUAUUGCAACUGGACUGGAGGCUAUAAGUGGUCAACAGCCUUGGCUUUAAGCAUCACACUUGGUGGUUUUGGAGCAGACCGUUUCUAUUUGGGCCAGUGGCGGGAGGGUCUGGGCAAACUCUUCAGCUUUGGUGGCUUGGGAAUUUGGACUCUCAUCGAUGUGCUACUCAUAGGAGUUGGCUAUGUGGGCCCUGCAGACGGCUCACUUUACAUCUAACUGCUGAUGGGAAAAAAUCUCAGAAGUUACCGUGCUGGAAAAUCCACAAACUGGACUUCAAAAAUAGACCUAGGAGCACCUGUUCCACAUGUGCAAAUCUAUUUAAUGUACAGCAUCUGUACUUGGCCUGCCUUUAGCUUAAGGUAAAAUAAAUGGAUCAUUGAAGGAUGCCUUCCUGGGAUAUGUUUCUUUUUGGCUUUUUAAAUGCGCUAUUAUUUUUUCUAUGAAAAAGUUGUUUUAAGUUGCACAGCUAAAGCGCAGCACCAUUUUUGGGACAGGUGUCAACUCAUUCAUGCUAGUGGAUGUGUCUAGCAAGUUUCGUAUUCGUGCCUGCAAGCGUUUCUUUUUCACAUUCCAAAUGGUGGCAUGGCAAAGUCUGGGCUGCCCGAGCCAACGUUUCUGAUCAUCUAAAUUGUGUCUCAUGUGUAAUUGUUCUGUGGCUUUAAUUUUAUUUCAGGUGAUAUUGGGGAAGGUGCAAAAACCUAGUCUUCUGAAAUGUUGGAAAAAUGUUAACUGGGCUGCUGGAAGUCUACAUAAUUGAUCUAGGCUUGGUUGACAGAUGCAAUCUUAAAAUUAUAGAGUUGGAAGUGACCUUGGAGAUCAUCUAGUCUAACCCUCUGUUCAAUGCAGGCUCUGCAAUGCAGUAUAGCAUCUCUGACAGAUGACUGUGCAGCCUUUGCUUAAAUACCUCCAGCUUAGCAAAUCUCCACCAGCUCCCAAGGCAGCAUAUUCUGCUGCCAAACACCUUUCACAGUUAGUAAGUUUCUCCUAAUGUUAAGCUCAAUAAGUGAAAUAGAAUUACACUUUGAAAAUCCCCAUUUUAUCAUAGGAGGUGAUCUAAACGCCCGUCUGGAACUGAAACAGUUGCCUGUUCCGUUGGACGAUGGCUUCUCUUUUUAGAAAGUCACUAAUGUUAAGCUGAAAUCUGGUUCUUUGCAAUGUUCAUCCCUUGGUUCUAGUCCUGUCCUCUGGAGCAACAGAAAACCAAGUUUGCUCCAUCUUCUGCGUGAUAGCCUUUUAGAUACUUGAAGAUCGCAAUCAUGUCUCCCCUUAACCUUCUCUUCAGGCUAAACAUACUCAACUCUGUCUUGGUUUCUAGACUCCUCACUAUCCUGGUUGCUCUUCUCUGGAUAUGCUCCAUUUUGUUGAUAUCUUUCUUAAAAUGUGGCGCCCAGAGCUAGACCCAAUAUCCAAAUGCGGCCUAAGGCAGAGUAGUGUGGGACUGUUACUGCCCGUGGACUGGACAUUAUGCUUAAGAAUGGUAUACAGAAUUUAGAAGAAAGCUUUUCAUAUAUGGCUUUCCUACAUGGUCUUCUACAUGUGGAAAAUGUUUUUAUGCACAGCUUUUAAAUUUCUUUCCAUAGUAGUCAUUGAAACAACAAACUAUGGACAAUUAAUGGCUUAACAAUCCAGAUUUUCAUGUCACAAAACAACAUUUUGAAAGUGGGAAAGAGUAUUGCCCUCCUGGCUUCAGUCAUCCCCAGAAAUCCCUGGUUUAAAUAACCCAGGAAUUGCAACCUGUGCAAACUGGAUCUAUCCAUAGUUUAAACAACCCAGAGUUUACCACCCAACAACAAAAACCAUGGGUUCUCUUUCCGAGUUAUUUGUGGUUAACAAACCACCACCACAACCCAGAAUUCAACAGCCUGUACCAUGGGUUAGUGUUAUGUGUGAAUCAGAGUUUCACAUGGCCUUUGCAUUAAGGUGAUCAAGUAAGCAACACUCUACCUUGCCACUUAAUAUUUCUUCAUAGCUCCUUAUUGAGAAAUGUGUGGAAUCCAAUGCAAAUUUUUAGCAAAUGUUUGUGAAAUCCUGUAGAAAGGGAACAUAGUUUAUAACCCAUAUUUCUGAUACUAGAUGAGUAAUUCCACCGUAGCAUAUUUUAAGGUUCAUUUAAAGCUCCUAUUCUCUUUAGCUACUUGCUUUCUACUUAUGAGAGUGGUGAGUGUAUAGCAAAAUGGAUGUAUGCUAUCUAGCCAGAUAUUUGGCAUUUGUAGGACUGAACAUGUUGGAUAAUGUUAGAAGCUGAGUCUUCUAAUACAAUGGACUAUAAUAAAGCUCAUUUUGUUUCGUCA